AUGGAUGAAGUUGACAUGCUUACUCGACAAAUGCACAGUCUUGAUAUUGGUGACGCACAUUACUCAGUGUGUUAUACACGACUUAUCUGCCUCGCUCCCACUGCCGCAAAUGCUUGGGCUGCACCCUGCGCUCAUCAACUCUGCAACAACGUGUCCACAACCACUGCAGUACCUGCCAGUACUCCACGUUCCCCAAUACAGUGUGCAUUUUGUGGACAAUCCCAUUAUUUUCGUACUUGCCCCACAGCAGCAGAAUAUCUUCGCACAGGACGCAUCAUCCAUGAAGAUCUCUUCCUUCUCAAUCCAGACAGAUCAUGCAUCCAACGACAAGGUCUUGAAAAUUUGCAGGAAGCUGUGGACAGACACACCAAGAUCAUCACUUCAUCUGCUCCAUCCUCUAAUCCUCCUCCUUUGACCAUACCUUCCAGCGCCUUUAUAUCUGAAAGCUACUUCCUUCAAUGUAUCCAAGUUGCGGAGAACCAUGCCACGGUCACAAUGGUCGAAGAUGAUGACUCAGGUGCAGAUGCUCUUGCCAUCACUCGUUCGAAGGCGAAAAACGCGGUGCUUGAUAAUGCAGAUGCAGGACUGUCCCAGAAGAAGCUUAAGGAAGCCACCAGUACCUCAUCUGAUACCCGUGUACAAAGUCAAACUCACUCCAUUGAAGUUCUCAUUCCCAAAGCUCCCCCAAAGAAAACUCCAGCAUAUGUUUAUGAGUCCAAAGCAGCCACUCCAGACGCAGCCUCCUGCAUUUAUCAAAACAUGCUCAGCACCAUCAUUCCAAAUAUCACGGUUGCUGACCUUCUUGCACACUGCCGCAUGCACCGAGUAUCUACUCCUUCAUCUGCUACCACCCUUACCACUGCUGCAUCUACUCCACCACCACAAAUUGAGCACGCCACGCCUCUUCGUGAGCUCAAAGUCAUGCUUAAUGGUGUUCACAUGGAGAUGGCACUGUUGGAUGAAGGUUCAGAGCUUGUUGUUAUUUGA